UGAUCGUGUUGAUUCCACAAACUCCUUGGAGCGAGGUACAGCUCUCUUGUGCUACCAUAGGCUUCCCUCUGCUACCCUGGACCCGUUCACAACAAAACGGAUGCGUCUUGGUACAUCGUAUAAAGCACACUCCCGCCUCGAAUCGAUAGCUACCCCUUCUGCAACCCCACCUCCUCAUGUGAGCAAGAAUAUCAGCAAACAUGGCGAGUAAAACCGUAGGACACAUGGACAACAAGCCAGUGAUUACCUCUCUCUUGGAUACGGACCUUUACAAGCUGACUAUGCAAUGUUGUGUCUUGAAGUACUACAAAGAUGUUCACGUCACAUAUAGUUUCACCAAUCGAACACCACAUAUGAAGCUCAGUCGCGCCGCCUUUGAGUGGCUACGGAAUCAGAUCAACCAACUUUCCAAUCUUGCUAUCACGGACAAAGAGCUCAGCUUCCUACGCCAGAAAUGUGGAUUCUUCAUGAAGCCCAGUACCGGAAAUUACCUCGAGUACUUGAAAAAAUUUCGCUUGCGACCUUCUGAGCAGAUCAAAACUUCAUUCAACCCCACAGUUACUUCACAUAGUACCGAUGAGCAAAUUGGAGAUGUAUACAUCCAUAUCGCUGGCUCAUGGUGCGAUACAAUACUAUACGAGAUUCCGCUCCUCGCUUUGAUCAGCGAAGCAUAUUUCAAGUUUUGUGAUACAGAAUGGAGUCACGAUGGUCAGGUCGAGAAAGCAACAGGUAAGGGCAAGCAACUUCUGGAAGCAGGAUGCGUUUUCUCAGAGUUUGGUACGAGAAGACGGAGAGACUACCAUACACAAAAACUUGUUAUUGAGGGCUUGUUGGAAGCACAGAAGAUUGCAUCCGCAAAGGGCUGGAAGGGCGUAUUGUCAGGUACCAGCAACGUACAUUUUGCUGAGCAGUUUGACUUGAACCCUAUCGGAACAGUCGCCCAUGAAUGGUUCAUGGGAGUGGCCGCCUUCCAUAACGAUUAUGAGAACGCAACCGAGAUGGCUCUGCAACGAUGGGUAGGGACAUUUGGUGAGGGCGUACUUGCAGUCGCACUCACGGACACAUUUGGAACGCCAGCCUUCUUGAGAGCCUUCACGAAAUCAAUACAGCCUGUGAAUGUCGACCAAAGCCAGUUUACAAGCACACACAAGGAGCAGCCUGUUGUGACAGAGGAUCCAACAUCUUCGACUUAUGCACAAGUCUUCACUGGCGUUCGUCAAGAUUCUGGCGAUCCCCUCGACUUUGUCAAGAUGAUGCGCAUAUUCUACGAUGAGAUAGAUAUCAAAGACAAGAAGACCAUCGUGUUCUCAGACUCAUUAAACAUAGAGCUCUGCCUCAAGUACAAAAAGGCAGCCGAAGCGUCUGGGUUCCAGCCUACGUUUGGGGUUGGCACAUUCUUAACCAAUGACUUCGAAAACAAAACAGACAAGAACAAGAAAUCUGUGCCGCUCAACAUUGUCAUCAAGAUCGCAUCAGUGGAGGGAAGGAAUGCUGUGAAGAUUAGUGACAACAUCGGCAAGAACACAGGUAACCAGGCAGAGGUCGAUAGAGUCAAAAGGGUGCUUGGAUAUGAGGAGAAAGAUUGGUCAGGUGGUGACGAGUCGAAGCGCUGGGGCUCGGAGAGGAAGUCAUGAUCGAGAUCCGGACCGAGUGCUCCUGCCUUGGACGAACAGUGCAAUAAUGCUGCGUUGGAGCGACAGUGGACUGGAGGAGGUUCGAUUGGCUUUGUGCAGGAAGGUACGCGUGGCCACGAGACUACCAACUUGUACCAACUGCCCUGGGUGGCAGAGAUACUCAGCCCGAAUGAAGGGUCCAUUUGCUCUGAUUAAUUAUUGCGUGUGUGAAGAUCGAGCAUUGAAAUAGACUUUGAGUGCAUGAGCAUUCAACGACUCUAGAGAGA